AUGCGAUACAAAAUGAAGCAGAGCAAGAUAGUGGACAAAAACACAUUCCUCUCUGGUGUGCUCAAUGCUUUCUAUGCUUGGUUUGAGCAGAAUGCUAGCGGCAUGGUGUCACCUGCCCCGGUAGCCCUGGGCGCAUCUGUUCCCGUGGUCACUGCUUUAGAUGUCAGCUCAGUCUACUUGAGAGUCAACCCUAGAUUGGCCUUCUUGAGAGUGAACACACGGAAAGCAACUGAUCCGGAUGGAGCCCCUGACCGUGCACCCAGAUCCUGGGCUGACCAGCUGGCAGGAGUAUUUACAGACAUCUUUAACGUCUCCUUACUACGAUCUGAAAUUCCCACCUGCUUCAUGAAGACCACCAUCUACCCAGUUGCUGUCGUGAAGUUAAAAAACGUUGAAAAGGUUUUUGCCAUGAAGAUCCUCAACAAAUGGGAGAUGCUAAAGCGUGCAGAGACUGCCUGCUUUAGAGAGGAGCGGGAUGUGUUGGUAAAUGGAGACAGCCAGUGGAUUACCACAUUGCACUAUGCCUUCCAGGAUGAAAACUAUUUGUAUCUUGUGAUGGACUACUAUGUGGGAGGAGACCUCUUAACAUUACUCAGCAAAUUUGAGGACCGGUUACCCGAGGAUAUGGCAAAAUUUUAUCUAGCAGAAAUGGUUUUGGCAAUUGACUCUGUUCAUCAGCUACAUUAUGUCCACAGGGAUAUCAAACCAGACAACAUUCUACUGGAUGUAAAUGGGCACAUCCGGCUGGCAGACUUCGGCUCCUGUCUCAAACUCAUGGAAGAUGGAACAGUCCAGUCUUCAGUUGCAGUUGGGACACCUGACUACAUUUCUCCUGAAAUCCUGCAGGCUAUGGAAGAUGGCAAAGGAAAGUAUGGGCCAGAAUGCGACUGGUGGUCACUUGGUGUCUGCAUGUAUGAAAUGCUUUUUGGAGAAACACCUUUUUAUGCGGAAUCUUUAGUAGAAACCUACGGAAAAAUUAUGAACCACAAAGAGCGAUUUCAGUUCCCAGUGCAAAUCACCGAUGUUUCUGAAAAUGCUAAAGAUCUUAUUCGGAGGCUGAUCUGUAGCAGGGAGCACCGGCUGGGUCAACAUGGGAUUGAAGACUUUAAGAAACAUCCAUUCUUUGGUGGCAUCGAUUGGGACAACAUCAGAAAUUGUGAAGCACCUUAUAUCCCUGAAGUUAGCAGUCCCACAGACACGUCAAAUUUUGAUGUGGAUGAUGACUGUUUGAAAAAUUCUGAGACGAUGCCUCCACCUACACAUACGGCUUUCUCUGGGCACCACCUUCCAUUCAUAGGAUUCACAUAUACUACUAACUGUAUUCUGUCUGACAGAAGCAGUCUGAGAGAUGCUGCUGGUUCAUCCUCAACAGACGUCGAUAUCAAUGUUCAGCGGACAUUAGAGGACAGCCUAGCCAUGGAGGCUUAUGAGAGGAGGAUACGACGUUUAGAACAAGAAAAACUUGAGCUGAGUCGGAAACUUCAAGAGUCUACACAGACUGUUCAGGCACUUCAGUAUUCAACAGUGGAUGGUCCACUAACUGCGAGCAGAGAACUGGAAAUUAAAAAUUUAAAAGAAGAAGUAGAAAAAUUGAAACAACAAGUAUUAGAUUUCAGUCAGCUGGAGCAGCAGCUUGAAGAAGCAAGUCUCAUCAGAAGGGAUUUUGAAGAUGGCUGUCGGCAAAUUAAGGCACUAGAGAAGCAGAUCAAAUUGUCGAAGCAGGAGAAAGAUGAUCUUCAGAAGGAAAUGUUUGAGUCCAAUGAAAGGUUGAAAUUACAAACCAAAGAACUUAAAGAUGCCCAUAGUCAGCGUAAACUGGCCAUGCAGGAAUUCUCAGAUAUGAAUGAGAAGGUCACAGAACUGCGUUCCCAGAAACAAAGGCUUUCCCGACAGCUCCGGGACAAAGAGGAGGAGAUGGAAGUAAUAAUGCAGAAGACUGAGAGUUUGCGCCAAGAUCUACGGAGAAUGGAGCGAGCCAAAAAAGAGUUGGAUGUGCAGAUGGAAAAAUCAGCAGCAGAGGCAUCCAAGGAGCGAAAACUGCGGGAACGGAGUGAGCAGUACACAAAGCAACUGGAAGAUGAACUUGAGGGGCUCAAGAAAAGGCAGGUUGGACGUUCCCCUGGCGUGAGCAGUACAGAGCAUCAGCAGGAAGUGGCCAAGCUCAAAGCUGAUCUGGAGAAAAAGAUUGUGUUCUAUGAGGAGGAGCUGGCCAAAAGGGAAAUCCUGCACAUGACUGAGAUCAAGAACUUGAAGAAGGAACUGCGAGAUGCAGAGGGACAGCAUCUGACCCUGAAGAAAGAAAUAAUGAUUCUGAAAGACAAGUUAGAAAAAACCAGAAGAGAAAGUCAGAAUGAAAGGGAAGAAUUCGAGGGAGAAUUCAAGCAAAAGUAUGAACGGGAGAGGAUCAUGCUGAGUGAAGACAACAAGAAGUUAUCAACUGAACUUGAUAAGCUCACUAUCAUGUUUGAGAAGCUAAGUGCAAGCAACAAACAGAUGGAGGAAGAGUUACGUGACUUAGCAGAGAAGAAGGAGUCUGUGGCACAUUGGGAGGCCCAAAUCACGGAAAUCAUCCAGUGGGUGAGUGAUGAGAAAGAUGCUCGAGGCUACCUUCAGGCACUGGCAACUAAGAUGACUGAGGAGUUGGAAUCUUUGAGAAAUUCCAGUUUAGGAGUACGAGCAACAGAUAUGCCAUGGAAGAUGCGUCGGUCUCAGAAAGUAGACAUGUCAGCUCGACUGGAACUACAAUCAGCACUCGAAGCAGAGAUCCGAGCCAAACAAGCAAUCCAAGAUGAGCUUAAUAAGGUCAAAGCAGCCAGCAUAUCUACUGAAUGCAAAUUGCAAGAUGGUGAGAAGAGAAACCAGGAGCUGAUGACUGAGAUUGAAAAACUCAAGAAGGACAUGGAGGAAAUGAAAACAGAAAAGGGUGUAAAGCACCAAGACUCACAGAAUUCUUUCUUGGCAUUUUUGAAUACACCUGCCUCUCCUCUGGAUCAAUUUGAAAUUGAUUCCAUUGAGAAUUUCAACCUCUCCAAUUCUCCAUCUGGUGAUGAGGUGAAAUCACAGAUAUAUUCUCGUUCUCGGUCGCCAUCCACAGCAAGUGAUAUAGAACCUGUGGAGGGAACUGACAACCCCCAACGUACAGCACUGACGCCGACCAUCAGGUCCUCCUACAGUGGUUCCAGUGUCUCAACCCCAAAGCCAAAAGCUCAUCAGUUUGUCGUGAAAUCAUUUAACACACCAACAAAAUGCAAUCAGUGCACAUCUCUGAUGGUUGGCCUAGUACGUCAGGGCUGCACUUGUGAAGUAUGUGGGUUCUCAUGCCACGUGACUUGUGCAGACAAAGCACCAGCUGUGUGCCCCAUCCCACCUGACCAAACAAAGGGACCACUGGGGAUCGACCCGCAGAGAGGCAUCGGGACAGCAUAUGAGGGACAUGUUCGGGUACCUAAACCUGCUGGAGUGAAAAAAGGUUGGCAGAGGGCACUAGCAGUAGUUUGUGAUUUCAAACUGUUUUUGUAUGAAAUUGCAGAAGGAAAAGCUUCACAGCCAAGUGUGGUGGUUAGCCAAGUUAUUGACAUGAGGGAUGAAGAGUUUUCAGUUAGCUCUGUAUUAGCUUCUGAUGUUAUCCACGCCAAUAGGAAGGAUGUCCCCUGUAUCUUCAGGGUUCCGCUUACAGCAGAACCUGGUAGGUGGGUUGGGCCCAUUAAACAGACCCCGAAACUCCAUUCCGCACGCGACCGUAAAACUGCAACACAUGUUAAGAGAACUGUGUCCAUUUACAAACACAGUCCGUUCCCAACCUUGUGUUUUGACAGCUGCCUGCUGUUCCCGCGCUUCCACUCGAAUCGCCCACUGGACUUCCUGCUAUCCUCCUCCUCCUCCUCCUCCGCCUGGAAGAUGGGACCGACGGAUUUUGCCAACUUUUUGUUCAGUUUCAAAAGUUCCGCGGGAGAAGCUACUGAGCGGAACAGAGGCCAGAGGCUGGUUGAAAACCACUGGGUUCACGACCCACUCCUGCAAGGCCUUCUGGAGCCUUCGCACAUGGAGAGGCUUCGUCGCCAUGCCAACCAGGGCCAUGAUUUCCAGGAACUCCUCCUCUCCUGCCUCACUGAGCUGCUGCACAUCAUCCCCUCCCUGUUGGAUAAAGGAAUUAUAAUAAGGCAGCAGAUGGGCCUUCUGCAGGACACGGUACAGUUGGAGCUCACCAAGGGUCCGUGGCAAAGACAUCGCAGGGAACUCGCUGCUGAACCUAUGCAGGAAAGGGUUCUGGAUAUUCCCGGCUCAGUUCACGCCUCCGACUCGAGAAAGAGGUUGGCGAAUGACGCGUGUCCGUACGGGGGAGGAGACGGGGGCGGAGACGGGGGCGGCGUGGCGCCCAGAUCUGACCGAAAAAUAACAUUCAUCGCCCGGGGAGACAUGCUAGAAGAGGGCGGUAGGAGGCAUUUUUGCUUCAACUUACCUUGUGGGGAGAGCUUAGUCAUGGCAGCAUCAAUGAGGGAGGUGGCUUUGUUGGAGCCCAGAACAUGGCAGCAUCUGGUGAGGACUCUGGCAGUGGCAUCAAGGAUGCGGCUGGCGGAGGAGCGAGCACAGAAUCUGGCAUCAGCUACUACAUCAGCAGGGGCAGCGUUGGCGAGAUACGACACUUUCGUUGGCCGCUGUCACGUCAUGUUUGUGAGGCCUGAGUUGUUGAUGGCGGGACGGAUGAAUUUUCUCGGAGUUGCUCUGUUCAAUGGCUGCCGCGCAUCGCUCACUUUAGCGGCUUGUUUCUUUUUAACCAUGCGGGUCUGUGUGAUGGCGUCAGGUUACAAUGCUCCAUAUUUGUCUGUGUAUAGUGAGAAUGCUGUAGAUGUAUUUGAUGUGAACACUAUGGAAUGGAUUCAGACAGUUGCACUAAAGAAGGUUCGCCCACUUAAUACAGAAGGAACGCUUAACCUGCUUGGUCUCGAGACAAUCAGGUUAAUCUAUUUCAAAAAUAAGAUGGCAGAAGGGGAUGAGCUUGUUGUUCCUGAAACAUCAGAUAAUAGCCGCAAGCAGAUGGUCAGGACCAGAAGCAAACGGAGAUAUUCCUUUCGGGUGCCUGAAGAGGAGAGACUCCAGCAGAGAAGAGAAAUGCUUCGGGAUCCAGAAAUGAGAUCCAAAUUAAUCUCAAAUCCAACUAAUUUCAACCAUAUUGUACACAUGGGUCCAGGUGAUGGCAUACAGAUCUUAAAAGAUUUGCCAAUGCCAGGCUGUCCCCAUCCACCUCCCAAUCAGCACUUCAGCCUGAUCUCCACUCCAACCAACUUUGAACACAUUUAUCAUAUGACUGCUCACUCUGCCGAGAACUUUCUCCACCAUGAACCCCACGUCUGCACCCCUUCUCCAGACUCUGCCUCCAGCUUACCACAUUCCAUAACAUCAAGGAAUCUACGUCCUCAGGAUGAGAAGAGUCGGACUAUGUUUAGUGCUUCUGUCAGUAUCCCUGCUAUUGCACGAUCUCGCACAGAACCAGGCCGUUCCAUGAGUGCCAGCAGUGGGCUGUCGUCAAGAUCAACGGCACAGAAUGGAAGUGCCCUUCGAAGAGAAUUCUCAGGAGGAAACUAUGUCAACAAACGUCAGCCAAUGACGUCCCCUUCCGAUGGCUCUCUUUCUUCUGGUGGAAUGGAUCCUGGAAGUGAUGUUCCAACGAGGGAGUUUGAGCGCGAUGAUUCUGAUUCUCCUAGACACUCCACAGCGUCCAACAGUUCCAACCUGAGCAGCCCACCCAGCCCCAUCUCGCCCCACAAGCCACAAUCACUCUUGCUGGAAAACACAGAGCACGUCAACUGGGAAACAUGAGAUUGCUCAGUUCUGGAAAGUAAUUCUAACAAAUCAGCCCUUACUUCUAUCUUGCUGCACCCAGUCCUACUCUGCUGUCCAAUCUGUGCCGGGCUAUUGCUGCAGAUCCGUCAAAAAGACACAAGAAGUUUAUGGAUUUAGGAGCAAGGCCUAACCUUGUAAAUCACACACACAUAUACACAUAUCCGUAUAGACAGAUCAUGCAGGAGCUUUUGCCUGCUGACCACUUUAUGUUUUCCAGUCUCUCUCUCUCUCAUAAAAAGAGGAAAAGCAGAUCUCUUUCCUCACACAGCAACAUUAGUUGCUCUUUUAGCGUCCUUGUGGGCGUAGCUUCCUCUGAUUUUUAAGAAAUGGGAUCGUGGAUAUAAGUUGUAUAACUAACGUUUAAGAUGUUGUUUCUCCUUGCAGUUUUGUAGCCAGGUACUCUCUCAAAGAAUAGACAGGAUUGGGGGAAGGUGGGAUGUGGGUGGUGGAAUGCAACCUUGAUUUUCUAUCACUGCUUCAAUCUGUCCCAACAAAGUGCCAGCAGGCAUUUCUUUCUCUGUAGUAGUGUGAUCAGGCUUCUUUUAAUUAUUAUUUUAUUUUGCAAUAAUAUGUGUACAUCUGCAAACAAAUCACCAAACCUUAUUUUGCUAAAAGAAAAACACACGAAAAAGUUCUUUUGUGAUAUAGAAUAUAUAUAAAGUAUAUAAAUAUAUAUAUAUAAAGUUGUGUAUAGUUUUACUUGUUGAAAUGGCGACUGAAGGAAAGAUUACUUUGUGUGUGGUGUCACAGUCCCUGCUGGUAGAUUCUUUAUAUAUAGUUCUUCAGUGUAGUACCCAAAAUGCAGCUGAAAUUUAAAGUUUAAAAAACUGAAGAUGUGGAGGCUGAAAUGAAAAGCAAUAGGCACUGUACUUCAGUAAAUAAAGUACAAAUUGUAGAUGGAUAUUGAUUUAUGUUGCAUGUUGCAAAAUUAAAAACAACUGUGCACUAGUUUAAGGCUCUGCUGAGUUCAGGGGAGAUCUGUUGAUCCAGUUUGAAUAAAGAAUGUCCCUUUUUGUAGUCAUUCGAAGGCAGUAUUUGAUUAAACACCCAGAUAUUAGAGCAACAUUAUUUUUGUACUCUACGCACAGCUGACUUGUUGGGGAAGGUGGAAUUAACAACUGUAUCAGCUCCUUAUGUCUGCUUUGCCACAUCCCUCCCCAGAUAUAUAUGUAUUGUUAGGCUGAAAACAAACCCUGGAGUUAGACAGCCUGGAACAUUGAAUGCUUUGAUGGUCAGUUUGCUUUUUUGUAAGUAAACAUUUCCUUUGUAUAUUCCUCGAGCCCAUCAGUUCCCGCUUUUGUCAACUUCUCCCUACCUUACUUUCUGCACCAGAGGAGGGGAAGAGACGUAAAAUUUACUGAGGAAGCUUGAAUAUGUUAAAGGAUGUUUAAUGCACAGCCAAGAGCGUAGACAGGUUUGACAGACAGUAAACAUUUAGACGCUGGUCAGAGUUGUUGGGCAGCAGGCGCGGGAGCAAUAUUUAUGAUAUUGAGGGAAGGGGAAAAAAACUAAGGGGAAAGAAAACUCCCUGCAUGAAAUGACUGGGUAAAAGCAAGGGAAUCUGACUGCUGGCUCACUCCCACACUGUUACUGAAGCUCAGAGUCAAUUGUGUAAAAUAAAAGGUGCUUUUGUUUUUAAAUGAAUGGUGUGAAAUUUGAGAUGAAUUUAACAUAUGAUUUUAAAAGUGCAAAAAAAAAGUUCUUCCCUAAUAGCAGUCACUGUGUGGAACUUUUGUGUCUAUGGCAGAAAGGUGUUUAAAUGAGAUUAAGGUGGGAAAGGUGGUAGUCUUCCUGCUCAAGUUACCAUAUGUAGAUACAACGAAGGCAACAUGACAGCUGUCAAACUCUGACUGUGAAUUGUAGACACCAUUUGUGCAGAGAAUUGUGAGCAAGGGGAGGAAGGAGGCAUUUACUAGUUAUUGGUGUUCCAUGGGGGCUGACCUGCCUUUCACUAUAGCAAUUUCAUAUCAUUUAUUUUCCAGAGUUUUUAAGGUUUCUCCCGCACCACCCUUUUGUAAGAUUAUUGUACAGUUUUGCAUGUCUUAGAUGUAAUCAGUUUUUUUUUAAAUCUUUUGGUUUAGGUUAAAGGCUGACUUCACUAAAUUAAUUGCUUGGCUUUAUCACUCCUUUUUGCCCUUAAUGUUUUUAGGGGUUAAUUUGUAAGAGGAACUAUUGCUGAUUGUAGAUUCUUUUGCACAAGAAUAUUUAAGGUGGGCAGUCUGACUAUUAAAGACCAGCCACCAUUAUUUUAUGUUGGUGACACACACUAAAUAUUAACCAAGACUUUGAUGUAUUUCAAUAAAACAGGGAACUGUUCCAAA